CAACAUUGACACUCCUCAACACUUUUCCGAGAGCCGGAAAGAAAACAAACGUGUCAUGUGAUUUGUGCUCGCGCCUAUGUACGUGUAUGAGCUGGACAGCUAAUUAAACGGAGUCAAAGAAGCUCGGAUAACACGCUAACACUGGCUGACAUGGCUGACGAUUUUAAGAGAUACUUGUACAAACAGUUGCAGAGCGUUGAAGGCCUUCAUGCUAUUGUAGUGACAGACAGGGAUGGAGUGCCAGUUAUUAAAGUUGCCAAUGACAACGCCCCAGUCCACGCACUGAGACCUGGCUUCUUGUCCACUUUUGCUCUGGCCACAGAUCAGGGCAGCAAGCUGGGCCUCUCUAAGAACAAGAGCAUCAUCUGCUACUACAACACCUACCAGAUUGUGCAGUUCAACCGGUUACCACUGGUCAUCAGUUUCAUUGCCAGCAGCAACGCCAACACAGGUCUCAUCAUGAGUCUGGAGAAGGAGCUGGCCCCCCUUAUAGAGGAGCUGAGGCAGGUGGUGGAGGUGACAUAAACGGGACCACCCAGAGCAAGAUCCACAGCAGAAUCACCAGUCUGGAUCACAUCCUGCCCUCUAAAUCUCUCGCUGUCUCUAAUGGUGCAUUUAGGUCCCGUGGGAAAACCUGCCUGGAGGUUUUCACAGUUCCAAGGACUGACUUGGAAGUGUUAACAUCUUCAGACCUGUUUAUGUUCUGAUUGAACUUUCCUGUAUUCCAUAUUGUGUUUCCUAGGGUGGCGGAGGCAUGACCCGCCCUAGUCUGAUACGCUUACCCUGAAAUUCUAAUUACCUUAAUCAGUCUCACUCCUCUUGCCUAAACCUAACCAACCCAACCAACGAAAGCAACGAGUACUAGCAAAUCAGAGGCAGAGUAGAGCGGGUCAUGACUUCACCGCCCACUACCCAUCCUGUACUGCUCUGUUGACUUUCCUUUCUGCCAUUUUUUGUUAGGGUGCUGCUCAUCAGCAUUUUCACAUCUCAAACAGUUCAUAUGUCAAAUCAAAUGUCAAGAAGUCAGAAUAAAUGUUUGAUUUUUAGCACCUAAA